ACUCAGGUGGCGUGUGUUUGGAGGCGAAUGGUCUGUGUCUCAGCGGUGGGGAGGAUCUUGAGGAGGGUGUGCAGUUCUCAGUCUGGGUCUCGUUUUAUGAGAUCUACAACGAGUUUCUUUACGAUCUCCUGGACGCUCCACCUUCACUUCAGUUUCGCAAGAGAGCCACACUACGCCUCAGCGAUGACAAACAUGGAAAUCCUUACGUAAAGGAUCUGACCUGGAUUCAGGUACAGAGUGCAGAAGAGGCCUGGAAAGUGCUUAAAGUUGGACAACGCAACCAAAGUUUUGCCAGCACUCACCUAAACCACAACUCCAGCCGCAGCCAUAGUAUCUUUACUAUCCGUGUUCUACAUGUCAAGCCUCAAGCGGAGCUGGGACAGGUGACCAGAAUCAGCGAGCUCUCUAUGUGUGAUUUGGCGGGGUCUGAGCGCUGUAAAACCCAGCAGAACGGCGAGAGAAUGAAGGAGGCGAACAACAUCAACACCUCUCUGCUGACGCUGGGCCGCUGCAUCACUGCUCUGAGACACAAUCAAACCAAUAA